AUCCACAUGUCAAUCGUCGACACACGUAUCAUCCACCACCCAGCAAUCAACCCUUGUCAAAUCAUCAGUAUCAGUGUGGUUGCAUUCUUGGCAUCUUCUGAAUAUUGAAUCUCGCAGCCACGUCAUCUCGUUCCUUCCCAAAACAGGCCUCUACUUCCACAAUGGACAGAGACGUCGAUAAUGCGAACCCGACCAUAUUGACUGCAGCACAGCUGCCUACGCGGCAGAGCAAGAAGAACCUGGCAAGGAAGGGCCCAGACAACAAGUACGACGGUAUCAUCUUGGCCAAGCCUGACUUCCUAUCCCACCCUUUCUGUGACGCCGACGACUUCUUGUGGCCCGACAAGGAUGAUGCGAAUGAGGAGUUCACACAGGAGCCCAUUGACGAGCAAGAGAUAUACGGUACGGCCCUCUGCUCAUUUCUCUCUUUGCUAGCUUUCAUCCUCGAGACUGCUUUGCUGCCCUUCAAGGUGGUUCAGCGGACCUCAUAUCAACGAUUUCUGACCCAGAACAUCCCUUGUCCCUGGGUCAACUGGCCGUCGUCAAUUUGCCCUGACAUCUAUAUCACACCGGCGCCAACGGCUCAGCAGGACCCCGACGCGUUAAUCACUGUCUUGGUCGAGGUAACGCCGACUAUCACACAUUGUUCCCUUGCGACGGUCAUUGGGCUUGGGAUUAGAUUUCGGUUAGAGCAGGCGCUGCCGCCCAACUACCGCAUUGACGUGAGGAUCAAGGAGAACACGCACAGUCAGGACGAGCAGGUUAACAAGCAGCUCGGCGACAAGGAGAGAGUGGCUGCCGCUGUCGAGAAUGACACCUUGAAAGGUGUCCUCGACAAAAUGCUUGAAACAUGCGUCUGAUAUAAAUGGGAAUAUACCAC